GGCAGUUCGGAAAGUUUCGAAAGCGCUGAGCCAAGAGGGAGGCAUGGAAGGGCCGCCUAUAAAACGGGGAUUAACAGGGGGGAGAAGCCAAAACAAGUCGAAGCUUUAGCAUUCAGGAAGCCGUAGGAGCCUCUGGUGCAGAAUCUCUCUUUUAGUCCGGGAGACAGAACUCAACCAGACGGGCCAAUGGGGUGUCUAGAGAAGCCCGAUAUCGUGCAAGAGGCUAAGCCGGAGCUGGUGGAAGCGGAGGCUCCGAACGGGUCAAUCCCGGCAUUGGUGCCGGAGGUCCGCCUGACCUGGCGCCGGUGGGUGAUCGUUGUCCUCUUCAGCUCCUACUCCUUCUGCAACGCCUUCCAGUGGAUCCAGUACGGCAGCAUCAACUUGAUCUUUGCCGACUUUUACGGUGUGACCCAUUUGGCUGUCGACUGGCUCUCCAUGUGCUACAUGGUCGUCUACAUCCCACUCCUGUUCCCGGUUGCCUGGCUCCUCGACCUGAAGGGGCUGCGGCUCAUUGCCCUGGCUGGGUCCGCCCUCAACUGCUUAGGAGCUUGGGUGAAGACGGGGAGCGCGGAGCCCCAUCUCUUCCCAGUCACCAUCCUGGGCCAGGUCAUCUGUUCCCUGGCGCAAGUCUUCAUCCUGGGCAUGCCGUCCCGCAUCGCGUCCGUCUGGUUUGGGCCCCGAGAGAUCUCGAGCGCCUGCUCCAUCGCUGUCUUUGGCAACCAGCUUGGCAUUGCAGCUGGUUUCCUCCUCCCCCCAGUUCUGGUUCCUGAUUUGAAAGAUAAGGAGGAGCUGGCUUACCAUAUUGGCAUCAUGUUUUUUAUCACAGCGGGUGUGGCAACAGCACUUUUCAUCUUAGUUGUCUUUGUGUUUCAGGAAAAGCCUCCAUAUCCUCCAAGUCCAGCCCAGGCUGUGAUUAAGGCAGCAGCUCCAGAGGAAUAUUCCUAUCUGAAAUCCAUCGUCCGGUUAUUUUCUAAUGUUAACUUUGUGCUGCUGAUAGUCACUUAUGGCUUAAACACAGGUUGCUUCUAUGCCCUCUCAACUUUGCUAAAUCGCAUGGUAUUGCUGCAUUAUCCAGGAGAGAAUCUGAAUGCUGGUCGAAUUGGUCUCACCAUUAUAGUGGCUGGCAUGUUUGGAGCUUUGAUUUCUGGCAUCUGGUUGGACAGGACCAAAACAUAUAAACAGACAACACUGGUUGUUUACAUCAUGUCAUUUGUGGGCCUGGUUGUUUAUACUUUCACCCUGGAUCUAGGUCAUAUCUGGGUGGUCUUUAUAACAGCUGGUGUACUGGGCUUUUUCAUGACGGGUUACCUACCUCUGGGCUUUGAAUUUGCAGCCGAAUUAACGUAUCCAGAAUCUGAAGGAACAUCGUCAGGCCUUCUUAAUGUUUCUGCCCAGGUUUUUGGAAUAAUUUUUACCAUUAGCCAAGGACACAUCAUUGAUAACUUUGGGACUAAAGCUGGGAACAUCUUCCUUUGCAUCUUCCUGUUCAUUGGUGCUAUUAUCACUGCUUUCAUCAAACCUGAUCUCCGAAGACAACAGGCCAAUCUGGAUAAUGAACAGGCUAGACUCCAAAGCAGUAACAGUCAGAUAAUGAAUUAUGGAUUUUGUACCUUAUCCCCAUCAUUUCCCAUCCUUGCUCAGUAAUUCACAAACCAAAGAAAUCAGUGGGAGUUGCCUCAGACCAACAGUGCACUGCUAUUUGAAGAAUCAAAUAAUUUAAGGCUGUAAGUGGCUGAAAAGAUAUUGCUAUUCCUGCUACUACAGCCUUAGGUUCGUCUCUGUACCAUCUAGAAUCCCAUUACAUAUGGUUUGACCAGGAAACAGUCUACAGAAUAAUGUUGUUAAUGAAAAAUACAAGAUUUGAAUUAUUCUCAGACGAAGCUUUUCUAUCCUGUUUAGUGGAAGAAAAUGGAAGAGAGCAGUUGACUUGCCUUGGCACUUAUAAACUCCAUGACUGGAUCCAGUGUUGCUUCUACCAUAUUCAGUGUGAACUAAGAAUGCCUGGCUCUUAAUCCUUUUGUGUGGCAUGUGGAUUUGCCGAUUUGGGUGUGAAGUAGAUCCAAAGGAAGAUCAUUGCUCCUUAGGGAGAACCAAAAACACUUGCUCUGUGAGCAGCCCUAAUGGAAGUGCAACCAUUGAUUUGUAAAUGGGGAAAUUCACUAUCAAUCAAAACAAAAGCAAAGAUGGCUUCCUUUUCUUCAAAAUAUCUAUUUAUAUUGUACACUACUUUUGUGACCCCAGUCCAACAGAUAUUUGUAAUUAGCUGAUCAGUAUUUUAAAAUGAAGAUAAUGUUUUUUUAAAUAAGGUGGCUUUUUAGAAAUAUGAUUUGGUAACUGAUUUCUAAACCAUUUUUGAAAAAUACACUCUUUAUCUUUUUUUACCCCAACGUUAUUGCUCUUUAGCGGUGUGACACUGCAAGGCCACAAGCUGCA